AUGGUUCUGCUUCAGACAGUCCUAAAAGUAGAUGGAAGAUGCAGGAGCAUCGAAAGAAACACGGGGUGUCCAUAUCCUUGGCGAGCAUGGGGAGACCACUGCUACUUGGGUAUCAGUCUUAAGAAAAAUUUCAACCAGGCUGAGAACCACUGCCAAAGUCUCUCCAACCCUGGAAGACCGGCUCAUCUGGCAUCGGUUACCAGCGAUGAGGAGAACCAGUUCAUAUAUGCCUACGCGAAAGCUUCGGGGGUCUCAGGUUUCUGGAUUGGAUACAGUUACAGCGGGGGCUUCAGCUGGACCGAUGGUUCUAGCACCGGGUUUUCGAGCUGGCGCGAUGGGUACCCAAAUACAGGCGUUAAUGACGGGUGGAAUUGCGUCCCCAUGUAUGACAUACUCUGGGCCCUUCAGUGGUGUACAAACUCGCGUAAUUUCGUCUGCAAGAUGGCGCGGAUCGCUUAG